UCUCGAGGAAAUCGAUUCUGUUUAUUUCGGAAUUAAUUAUAGUCACGCCGAGGCAGGCGAAGUCAAAACAAAAAUGAACACGGUCAAUAACCGUGCUCUUCUGCCAUAUUUCCAUUAUGAAUAAUUUACCGAUUAUGCAAAUAAUUUGACCUAGUGUUAUAAAAAUAUUGGACUUUAAGUAUUACUUGUUCACGCGGUUUUGCUUCUGUGUUAAGUAAAAAAAAUAAGACAAUGUAAUUUAAAUAAAACACUUAAUAAGAUUAGUUAAAAAGAUUACUUCAAAAGUUAGCUCCAACUUAUCCGAAAUAAAAACAAAACAUUUUAAACAUUUAAGUUUCUUGAGACCAAUAACAAGAUUGUUGUGAAAUAACUGGUGAGCUGCACUUUUACAUAUUCUGAGUGCGAUGUCCACGCAGGGUGAACGUGUUGUGAAUAUUCAGUGCAAAAAAGAUAAUAUUUUCCAGUUCCGCACUACUAAGCCUAAUAAAAUAUUCGAAGGAAUGGCUUCCGAUAUGUUCAAGCAAUUCUUUCUUCUUUUGCGGACAUACUUUGAUAUGUUUAUAGACUUUGUAUUCUCAUUAUAUUGGGAGAGACAGAGACAACCAAUACCAGGUUUAGAAAAGAAGCAUAGUAUGCUUUCUGAAAGUGCUGUGGAUUUAGCAUCUAAAAUACGUAACAAACAAUUAACAUCAGAGGAACUGGUGCAAGCCUGCAUUGAAAGAAUAAAUAUAGUUAACCCAAUACUCAAUGCAGUCACAGACGAGAGGUUUGAAGAUGCUUUAAAAGAGGCGCGAGAGGUUGAUAAAUUGAUUGAAGCAGGACAGGCCGACUUUGAGAAACAACCAUUUCUUGGUGUGCCGUUCACUGCAAAGGAGAGCCAUGCGGUGUGCGGCAUGCUGCACACGCUGGGCAUCUCGGUGCGGCGUGAGGUGCGCGCUCAGGAGGACGCGGAGUGCGUGCGCCUGCUGCGCCUCGCCGGAGCCAUACCACUCGCUGUCACCAACGUGCCCGAGAUCAACAAGUGGCAGGAGACGCGCAACAUGGUGUUCGGUCAGACCUGCAACCCCUACCACACGGGGCGCACUGUGGGCGGCUCCAGCGGGGGAGAGGCCGCGCUCGCCGCCGCCCUCGCCUCCCCCAUCUCACUCUGUUCCGACAUCGGAGGCUCGACGCGUAUGCCGGCCUUCUACUGCGGUCUGUUCGCUCUCAACCCCACCGCCGGCACCACCAGCCUUAAAGGAUCGGCGCUGCGUUCUGGUCGCGAGCCGACGAUGGCGUCAAUCGGGUUCCUGAGCAAGCACUGCGCGGACCUCGCCCCGCUCACCCGCCUCGUGCUCACAGAGACUGCGCGCGCGCACCUACAGCUCGACACACACCAUCAUAUCAAGGAUAUAAAGAUCUUCUACUGCAAGGCGGCGCACGAUCUGCGAGUCAGUCCGCUAGACAAGGACAUGCUGCAAACUAUGGACAAGGUGGUGGCGGCGCUGAGAGAGGACACGUCCGCGGAGCACCCGCCCCGGCCCUACCAGCACCGCGCGCUGCGGCACAUGUUCACGCUGUGGCGGCACGGCAUGGCGCAGGAAGCCGACAGCUUCCCCACUCUGCUCACCAACAACCAGGGACACGCCAACGGACUCCUUGAGCUACUCAAAAAGGUCGUGGGCGUGUCGAGGUACACGCUGGCGGCCAUCCUGAAGCUGCUGGACGAGCAGGUGCUGCCUCCAGUGGACCGCGACUGGGCCGACAGGACCACCAGGGAGCUCAGGGAGGAUCUCCUUAGCACUCUGGGCGAGGAGGGGGUGCUGUUGUUCCCGAGCGCGCCCGCAGCCGCGCCCUACCACUACACCCUCUACCUGCGCCCCUUCAACUUCUCAUACUGGGCCAUAUUCAACGCGCUCAAGUUCCCGGCAGCACAGGUGCCUGUGUGUGUGAACAGCGCGGGGGUGCCGCUGGGGCUGCAGGUGGUGGCGGCGCCGCGGCGGGAGGCGCUCUGCCUGGCUGUGGCGAACCACCUCGAGGCACGCUUCGGGGGCUUCGUCCCCCCCUGUACCCUGCAUCCUGCAGCAUGACCUGCCGCACUGACUGACUGCUGACUACAUCCUCAUUGUUACCACAAAGGUUAUAGUUACUGUUAAAGCUUGUUAACACUUAGAAAAAAGGGUUAAAAUAUAUUGGGUUUUACUGUUACUUUGGAGACUGGUACAAUUUAUAGUAUUUACAUAUGAACAAAAAGUGAUUGUAUAAAAUAGUUUUUUAUAUUUAUUUCUAAAUUUACAUAUAUAUAUUAUAUUAUGAAAAUUAAAAAUCUAAUUUGAUGUGUACUGUGAUAUGAAAGUAUUGAACUCAAAUAUUAGUAUCGUGAUCUGUGAUUACUCUCAAAUAUUGUAUUCAUAAAGUUUUUCCUAUUACUUUUUCUUAAUAAAAUUUUAUUAAAAUAUGAC